AAUGGUAGCGCUUAAUUUGUGCAAGAUAAAAUGUCGGGUCAAUUAAUGAAACGUCAGCAGAGUCAACGAGACGCUGAAAAUGGUCUCUAUCCGACAGUGCCGUCCGAGCGAGAACAACAACAAAUGCAAAAGCCCACACCUUCACGACCACCCCCACGACGACAGGAUACAAUCGAUAUGGAAGUGAUACCUUUGAAUCGCAGCCAAUCGGCGCCAGCGGGCGUUGAGGCGGAUGACCGACGACGUGCCCGCCGUAUAUUUGACAAUCAUGACGCCGAUGGCGAUGGCUACAUUAGCACACACGAACUUAAAGGUCUUAUCAAUGCUGGCUUAUGCAGUGAUAUCCCCGAUUAUAUCGCUACGCAAAUUUUGCAAAAAUCAGAUGACGAUAGUGAUGGUCGCUUGGAUUUCGAAGAAUUCUAUCGGAUGUCGCAAACACACAAAUGGAUGAUAAGAAACAUUUUGACCAAAUAUUGCCGAUUGGUUGUGCCACCGCCGAAAGCGAUCGAAGGCGAUCAAUUGGAUGGCGUGUACGAGAAGCAAAUGUCCGUUUGCCCCCCACCACUGACGAUGGUUAUGUUCUCUAUAAUCGAAAUUUUGUUCUUCUUGGUGGAUGUUAUAUAUUUUCAAGAUGAUCCCAACAACACCGCCAACAUUGGUGAGAAUACCAAUGGACCUGCGGCGACUCUAUUCAUCUACAAUCCAUACAAACGUUACGAGGCCUGGCGCUUUGUCACUUACAUGUUCGUUCACGUCGGCUUAAUGCAUUUAUUCAUGAAUUUGAUCAUACAAAUAUUUUUGGGUGUUGCCUUAGAGCUGGUUCAUCAUUGGUGGCGUGUAGCCUUAAUAUAUUUGGCUGGUGUAUUGGCUGGUUCGAUGGGCACUUCAUUGACAAGUCCGAGAAUUUUCUUAGCUGGUGCUUCGGGUGGUGUUUAUGCGCUAAUUACAGCGCACAUUGCUACCAUCAUUUUGAACUACAAGGAAAUGGAGUACGCCAUUGUGCAGUUAUUUGUAUUUCUCAUCUUCUGCUUCACGGAUUUGGGUACUUCUGUUUAUCGCCAUUUGUCAGAUCAACACGAUCAAAUUGGUUACAUAGCCCAUUUGUCGGGCGCCAUAGCGGGUCUACUUGUGGGCAUAGGUGUGCUGAGAAAUCUGGAGGUACGGCGCUGGGAGAAGAUACUCUGGUGGAUCGCGGUUAUACUUUACUUCUCGCUGAUGAUGACUGGUGUGUUGAUCCAUGUGCUCAUGCCAGCUUAUUUCCCGCGUCAAGAAUACAAUUAGACAAUUUCUAUGCAUACCUACUACAUUUUACAUACACACAAACAUACGUAUAGGUAUAUACUAACAUGCAUAGUAGUUAAUAGGAAUUUUAAAUUUGAUAGUAUUUUUACAAUCAUUGUAUUUAAUUAUUGUAGAAUAGGAGAUAUACUCGUAUUGCUAUAUGGAACUAUACAUAGACGCACAUGCCGAACUUUACAAUAACCGGACAGAUUGUAUUUUUUUAGACUUAAGUUGUAAUGUGUUGAGCAUCAAAGUGCCUUCAGAGGUUUGUGUACACACAAAUUCAGAAAAGUGUAUAAUUUAUUGCAGUUUGAACUUAAUUAAUAUUUUAAAAAGAAGAUACGUACGUAAAGUGUUUCUCAAGAGGUAUGACAUGUUUUUUUUGCCUUUAAAGUUGCUUUUUUUUGUAUUUUGGAGUUGCCCAAAGAGAAGGUUGUGGAUAAAUAUAUUUUGUCAUGGCAAUUUUUUAAGCUGUGCGACACUCAAGCUGAAGAGGGUCACUGACAUUACUUUUGUCAUGAAAUUUUAAAAACAUAUCGUACCUGUUGGGAAACCCUUUAGUUUAUUAUUUAUAAGUAAUGAAUGAAGCAAAAUUUGUUUUACAAUAUUAAAAAAAAAAAACAAUUAUUUGGAAAGCGCCUUUAAGAGAAGUAAAGGAAGAAGAAACGCCCAGGAAUUGAAGUAAAUUAAUUUUUUGUAAAAAAGUGUAAAUUAUUUGCAGAGUAUUUUUAUAUAUAUCUAUUAGUGCUUAAUUAUAAGCAGAUAUUAAUUUAUAAAGUGGCUAUACAAUUUUCUGUUUGAAAUUGAAAUGGUCUUUCGAAAAUGGUGCUUACCCAAGAACUUUUUAAUUAAAAAAUUAUUUAUAAUUGCGGUUUUUUAACUUUUCGUUGGGCACCCGAGACUGGCCACACUGGCUUUUUCAUUUUUAACACAUUUCUGAAUUCAAUUUUAAAUAUAUAUAGCCGAAAGCCUCUGCUGCUAGCGCUGCGUUUGCUUAGUUUACUUUUAAUUUUAUUAUCAUGUAAGCUUUUAAAAAUAAAAUAAAUAAAUAAAUAUUUUAGUUAACGACUUGAACUUCCAGAUGGCUUCCUAAAAUUUAAUUUUCUAUCGAUUUAUGGAUAUAACCUUUUAAAAAAGAUCCUCGAACAGGACGAAAAAAAGGUCAGAUCAGGGUGCCCAACCGAAGUUUUGAAAAAGUUGUCCGACGGAGGGUUAAAUGCAUAAUUGUAAAAAGUGUUAAGAGAUGUGAGCUUAAUCAUGGUGCAUUUAUGUAAGGUGUUGUACGUUGUGAUAAACUAUUUUUUUCACUCGCUUAGCUGAACGUGGAAUUUUGGAAGAAUGCGAAAAACCGGUAAUUGGAACGUUUUGUGAGAAAAUAUUCAAUUAAAUUAAUUUUCGUGCUAAUAGCACCUAUAAAUAUAGGUGUUAAUUAUUUAACUUCUAAAAAAAAAAUAUUUUGUAGUCAAAUAUUUUUAAAUAAAACCAAAUUUUUCAAACCUUAAUUUCUUAUUUUCAAAUACAUAACAAAGGCAAGUACCGAAAAUUGGUUCAAUUGAAGCCAACUCACUUUUUUGCUUACAUUGUUGUUGCAUUUUUGGUACUUUUCUGCACAACACGAACAAAUUAUAAUUCCAACUACAUUUCUUAUAUUUUGACUAACAGUUUAGGCCUAACAAUUUAUAUUUUUAAUAUCUAAAUUUUCAAUGGUAAUUGUUUUAAAAAUAUCCAGCACACAUUUUACGAAAUUU